CUCGGUGUAAACAAGUCGGGCGACUGCGAACCCGGGCCGGGGGAGGGGGGGAAGGCGCCCACCAGGGCCCCCCACUCCCAGGCCAACCACCCCGGCGGACCGGGCUCCCGCACGCCCAGGCGAGGCACUGGGCUCCCUCUGCUCCCCGUGGGCCGCUCCCCGCGUGGGGCCACUGCCCCCGGCCCCCGCCAUGGUGCGGAUUUCAAAACCCAAGACGUUUCAGGCCUACUUGGAUGAUUGUCAUCGGAGGUAUAGCUGUGCCCACUGCCGUGCUCACCUGGCCAACCACGACGACCUCAUCUCCAAGUCCUUCCAGGGCAGUCAGGGGCGUGCCUACCUCUUCAAUUCUGUGGUGAACGUGGGCUGCGGGCCAGCCGAGGAGCGGGUGCUGCUGACAGGCCUUCAUGCUGUCGCUGACAUCCACUGCGAGAACUGCAAGACCACUUUGGGCUGGAAAUAUGAACAGGCCUUCGAGAGCAGUCAGAAGUACAAAGAGGGGAAGUACAUCAUUGAACUCAACCACAUGAUCAAAGACAACGGCUGGGACUGACCCCUGCUCUUGCCGCAUGUGGCUCCAGCCCGGCCUGGCCGCCAGGGGGCGCUACUGGCUUCCCUUCGCUGCCGGGAGGGAGCUCUGGACCAUCAGAGCCCCUGCAGAGGAAGGAUUCAGCUCCUGUACAUAUAUUUUAUUGCAUGCACUGUGACCUUGGGGGGAGAUCAGAAGGUGGACGACACCCCCACACACACACCUCCCUGUGAUCUGGCUGGCUUGGAUCUCAUUUUUUUAACCUCUUCCUGCCCCACCUACCCUUAUAGAUAUGGCCUGCGUGCUGUUCUCUUCGCACAGUGUAUCAUCUGCCCUGUGAACUCCUCCCACUGGGCCCCUCUUACCGCACGCGUGUCUGCUCCCCUUGUUCUGUAGCAUUUGUAUAUAAUAAAACAAUGGAGUGUAGACA